AUGGAAAGGAUGUCUCUCGCGGUGGUGAGACAGCUUGACGCUGACCACGAAAGGGGGGGAAUCUGGUAUCUUUCCGGACACCGGGACCAUGUGCUUUCGAUUGCUGCUAGCAGUCAUGGUGUGUUCGCGACGUGCGACGCAAAAGGAUUGGGUCUGUUAUGGAAACACGAUACUUCCCAUUCUAACAGUGAUCCCUCUCAUGUCAGCAGGAUAUCUAGUGAGGGACCGGCUAUCGUUGCGGCCUGUUUCCCUUCCAGCACGCGACUUUGUACGGCUCAAGGUAAUGGACGGGUUGGCGUAUGGGAUAUCGAAGCCUCCACGGAAGUGCAGUCACUUUCGCGUCUCCCCAGUCGUGGCAAGUCGGUAAAUUGGCCGGUUAUUAACGCACUUUCGGCGUGGGAGAGCGAUCUUGUUGCCUACGGUGGCGAUGAUGGCUAUUUGGUUCUUAGCAGUCUUGCGGUAAGGAAUCCUGUUGUGUCAGUGAACCUGCGGGUUCCCAUUACAUCUGUUGCCGCAGCGGCCACUUCAUUGCUUGUUGGUGAUGUUCUUGGGAACAUUCGUUGCUUUGAUACGCGGACAUUUAAAAGCCUCUAUUGUUUUCAGGGACACCGUGGUGUCGUGACCUCUGUAUCGGUGAAGGAAGAUGCUUCCUUGGCGGUGUCGUACGGCAUGGAUGACUCCCUUGCUUUGUGGAAUGCGCUGCCCUUUUCACUCACCACAGAGGACCGUUUGAUUCACAGGGGAGAAUUCCACCAAGGCGACACAAAGACUCUUUUACGCUGUGAUUGGGCAACUAGCGGUGCAGCUCUAGUUCCCGUGAGCGAUGGUCGUGUUGUGUAUCUUAGUGCCCCGACGCUUGAUGGUAUCAGAACAAUACUCCCUGGGCGUCACCGACGGGAGCCGGCACAGUGUGCCGCAUUCAUUGGGGAUGGCUAUGCUGUAAGCUCGGCUGAGACCGAGGUAAUAUUACAGCGAAUUUAA